GAGGUUCACGAAACAGACAUUCUCUGCGAUGGUGCCAGCUUCAAACCUGUGUCCAAUGUGUUUCUCUGCUUCGAAGUCAACAAGACUCUGACACUGUACGGCAACGGUCCUCGUGGAAUCACAAUCAUCGUAUUUUACAAUACGGUGACUUUCUUUAAGCUGCAUCUAUUCACGUUGUGGUGUGACUAAACAAGAUCAGUCACCCUGUCACCCCGGUAUAGGUGGCACCUAGCUCAGGGCAGGUGAUCACAAAACAUCCUAUACUGUUGUUGCGUAUGUAACUGUUAGAGAGCAUUUAUAAAUUAUCCAAGCAUACUCGUCACAGUUUGUCCAUAAAUAAUGAAUUAUAAUUAACAGAUAUUGGGAAGCUGUCCAGAACUGUGAUAUCAAGUGUUGAAACUAUUAGGUAUUAUAUUUCUAAACAUUCAGACGACCUUACUCUGAUAUGUCCUACGCACAUCAGUUAGGAUAUACAACUUACCCGGGCGCUAAUCCACAGCUUCUAAGAAAUACUGGGCAGGCUGGAACCUCGGGGACGUCUUGCUGCGAUACACCACGUCCACUGCUCGAGACCGAUCCACACGCGGUACAGCAGCCGCUGCCAACACCGCCAGCUGCUGGUUGUCCUUUGCCUCCAGCUUAUGACUCUCGCCUGCUGUCAGCAUACCCUCAACUUGCAACGAACCUUACCGGCUCCUCACGGUUCUACAACGGAACAAGCUAUGCGGCGGAUCAGGCUAACUUUCACAGUUUUACCGGCGUGGACUCUCCAGCUUUUUAUCCUACAGCGUUGAAUUCUGCUUACACAAUGAAAGAAAGCGUAGAUAGCCCCUGGAGAUCUAUACCCCAACCUGCUUCGUAUUACUAUGAUUCAACCUUGGCUAGUUAUGGAUAUGGAGGAUUAGAGUUGAACGUAGCACGCAGGAAAAACGUGACCCGCGACUCGACGAGCACUCUCAAAGCCUGGUUGAACGAGCAUCGUAAGAACCCUUACCCAACUAAGGGAGAAAAAAUAAUGCUGGCGAUCAUUACUAAGAUGACACUGACCCAAGUCUCCACGUGGUUUGCAAAUGCUAGAAGACGAUUAAAACGAGACAACAAAAUGACUUGGGAACCGAGAAAUAAAGCUGAAACUGAUCCUGAUGAUAAUUUGGACGUUAAAAAGGACAAUGAUGUUGAGGAGCAGGAAACUCGAGAUGAAACAGAUAAAGGUGGUGACAGCUGUGAAAACAGUGAUGCCAAAAAAUGCAACGCCGAUAUACGGAACAGCACUGCCGCUAACGAGGAGGCUUUUAUUUUAACAGAUGAUUGUAGUGAGUCUAGUAGAACGGAACAGGAUUGUAAUACGAAAUCUAACACAGUAACCGGUCCAGAUGACGCUAUUUACCAUUAUAACAAAACAAAUGAAGAACAAAGUCUGACACAUUUCAGAAAUGUAUUAAGCUCUCAGAAUACUUCACUUACCGAAUCAAGAAAUUACCAUAUAUCCAGGAAUUAUCAGCAUCAGUAUGGCCUCUCUACAAACGUUGUCAGUUUUACUCCAUCAGGGUCUUCAGCGAGUCCUUCUCCUGAUCUUUCUGGAAUUGGCCCUUUUAUUUGCCCUCACCGGGACUUGUCUAGAGAUUCUAAGGAAGAUCCCGAUACCAGCUGUGAAAUUCCAGAAGAGAAUACUUCUAAGCCAAAGAUUUGGUCAUUGGCAGACACUGCAACAAACAAAAGCCCUCAACCACAUUUGCAAAGUCCUUUCAUACCAGGAGUUCAAGAUUGUUCAGGAUCUAGAUCUUGGGUCACUUCUGGUGUUGAUUACAACACAGGUAGGUCUGGAGAAACCAUAGCCAAUCCCUAUGAUAAAAUGCCUGGUUUCUUCUCAAGCAGCGUUUAUACAGAUUGCAAUACCUCUUCACAACCAUCCUCAAAACCAAUAGUCUACAACGGAGGAGCUCCCACUUUCAGCCCUCUUCCUCCUCAUGCUGACACUCCACCCGAGACACCACCAAAUAUAAAAUUUUCAUGCAGUGUUCCACUCUACCUAGGAUAUUCUGCAGCCAACAACUAUAUGACAACUCAGCAUGUUACUACCCAGUCCUACCUAACGCAUGGAAUGACAUCGUCAGAAGGCACCAGUACAAAUAACCUUUCGCACAUCACAGGUGAUAAGCUCGGCAAUGUUUACUCAAUGAACUACGUAGGGUCAUCUUCCUAUAGACCAGACUGUGUUAUAAACGGCUAUUACGACCAUUGAAAGCCUGCUAAAACUUGCAUGAGCAAAAAUGUUUGUCAAAUCAAGAGCUACAUGAAAGACUGAUUUCAAGAACCAUAUAAUCAAGCUAGUUGCACUGUGUUGUUCAUUUACUUACCAAAGCCCUUAGACAAGCGGAUAUUUGUCGUCAUUACACGUUUUUUUUUGAAGCUUACACAUUUGAGACUUAAGAAAUUCAUCUUUUUUCAGUGCUGUCUUAUAGAAUAUAGUGUAUAUAUAGCCUAACUGGUAAAUAUAUAGAUAAA